AUGAUCACCACACCCACCUUCUCCGAGAUGGAGGAUACGGCUCGCGCUGUCAUCCUCUGCCUGAAGAAAUGCCCUGACCUUGCCCACACCAAGGUAGCCAUCAUCGGAGGCGCUGCUGUCUGCAGAUACGUCUCUGAGCGCGAGCCAAGUGACGACCCGGAGGACGUCGACUUCAUGAUCACCAUCCCUAACCCUGAGGUGGCGCACCGCAGACUGUUGCAGACCUUCGACACGCUGUUCGCUGAGUACGAGGGCUGCCUGUACUAUUCUCAUCCCUGCGGAAAGCAGAUCAAGGUUGACUUCAGCACCAACUGCCGCCUGCCAUACAUCCCCACAGCAGCAACCAUCGUCCGCGAAGUCGACAUCGACUGCCUUCCCUACAUCGGGCCCACUGACCUGUUGGUCCUGUCCAUCCGCCUCUGCGGCCAGCGCAACGACGAGUACUCCCGCAUAGAACGCGACUCUGCCGACGCCGUUGCCCUGGCUGAGACCAUCGUCAAGGAAGGACCCGUCGUCCUGUCUCCUAUCCAGCGCCAGGUUGUCCGUGAAGAGUUGGCUGAGGUCGUCCACUGGGGCCCCAAAGAUGAGACCUGGUGGAGAGGCGUGCUGUCUGCCGCCUUGAACUCCAAGGACAAGUGA